AAUUUUGUUGGAGACCACACAUGAUUUGGUACACAUCAACAGCAUCUUCAAUUCCUUGCUCGCUCGCGGCUUCUCUCUGAAGCUUCUCUUCUAUCCACAGAAAAAGGAAGUUCUAAAAGAAAAGCGAAUACUAUAUGUGAAAAGAAAAAGAGAAAAGAAAUUGCAGCGCUGCAAAUUGCAGUCAAUCAUUCAUUCAUCGCAGAGACGAUUCUCCUCGCCAUUGCGAGGAGAUAUGUGUGUAUGUCUUGACGCAUACGCAAGAUGAGAGAAUAAAAUACUGCAUGGGUUUCGUGUUGAACUUCUUUUUUCUUGCACUUGCGGAUGAAAUUCGAGUAUGCUUUGGCAUCGCUCUUGUCGUUUAGUUGCGCAAGUUCGUGUUUUUAAGUUGUGGAUAAAGUUUGGGCUUUUUGCUGAUGGCAUGUUAGUCGGUGCGGAUUGGAGUUUUGUUUUCAGUUUCACAUAAUAUGGGGAAGCAAUACUUCAAUUCGGAUAAAUUGGGGGUUUUGGUAUCUUGUUGAGUUGAGUGUAGUUUUGUUUUCGGUUAAGCUAAAUCUGGGGCUCUUUGUAUCUCAUGUGUUGCAAAAUCAGAAAAAUUGGGGUUCUUGUUAAGGAAUUUGGUGAUAAUAUGCUUGUUAUAUUUAGGUGUUGAGUGCUUUAGUAUGAGGGGUUGAGUUUUAGCUGCAGAGUAGUUUGAUCUUGAGGGUUGUUGUGGUGGAUUGGUUUGACCUAAGAAUGAGUUCUAGUGUCUCAGAAGGCGUUGCUCAGACGGGCAAGCUUGUGGUUCACGUUGCUGAGAAUGGGCAGUCGUAUAAGAUUGAGUGUGAUGAAUACACUCUAGUUGAGACAGUGGAGAGUUUUCUAGAAUCGGCAUGUGGUAUACCGUUCAGUGAUCAGCUUCUUCUGUGCCUGGACUCGAAGCUCGAACCCCAUAGAACCCUCUCAGCUUACAAGCUUCCAUCUGAUGAAAGGGAAGUCUUUCUGUUUAAUAAGGCAAGGAUGCGGAGUCAGUCACCAUAUCCUGAGCCCGUGCAGGUUGAUAUCUUUGAUAUUCCUGACCCCUCGUUGCCAUCUCCUUCUCAAAACUCUCUUGCUCUGGAUGAUGCUUCUGACCCUGCUCUGAAGGCCUUGCCUUCGUACGAGUUGCAGUUCAGAUAUCAUUUUCACCGCGGACAUGCUAUUUAUAGUCGUACUCAAGCAAGAUUUGAGGCGUGUGAGAGGCUCUUGGAAGAGCAGAAGGUGCAAGAAAAGGCAUUGGAGAUUGCUAGGGGUAAUUUGGAUCAUUUCUAUAAGAUGAUUAAUCAAAACUACAUGGAUUUUAUGAAAUGCUAUUCACAGCAGCACCGUGUUCAUACCAACCUCCUGGCCACGUUCGUUAGGGAUAAAGAGAAACUGAGGUCUAUACGAGUUAUGCCGGCUUUACAGGCUGCUAACCGCAAGUGCUUGCUGGAUUUUGUGAAGGAGGAAAGCUUGCAGAAGACGUGGGAGGAUUGCAGCAGUUUGCACAAGCAGUUUCAGACUAAGGUUUCGGAGUUUAAACUUGAAUUUGGAGAGCUUAGGAACAAUGCAGAACAUCUAUUCUUGGACAAAGCUUCGUUUCUUAUCAAAGACUUGGAGUCAUCUAUAAGAGAUCGCCAACAGAUUAUCACUGAGCAAAAGAGCAUAAUGCAGGCGUUAAGUAAAGAUGUAAAUACUGUGAAGAAUCUUGUCGACGACUGUCUUUCCUGCCAGAUGUCAUCUUCACUGCGUCCUCAUGACGCAGUCUCAGCAUUGGGGCCUAUGUAUGAUAGACAUGACAAAAGUUAUAUUCCGAGGAUGCAGGCAUGCGAGGGUGCAAUUUCUAGUUUGCUUGAUUUCUGCAGGGAUAAAAAGAAUGAGAUGAAUAUCUUUGUGCACAAUUUUAUGCAAAAAAUCGCAUAUAUCCAGCACAAGAUUAAGGAUGUACGCUACAAGUUUUCUGUGUUCCACGAGGCUUUACAGCGCCAAGACGACCACUUUGAGCAAUUAAAAGUGGUUCAUGGAAUUAUUCCUGCAUACAGAGCGUGUCUUGCUGAAGUUGUGAGGAGAAAAGCCACGACGAAAAUCUACAUGGGCAUGGCGGGGCAGUUGGCUGAAAAACUUGCAACGGAGAGGAAUGCUGAGGUUAGGAGACGUGAGGAGUUCAUUAGAGCGCAUUCUACUUUUAUCCCUCGAGAUAUUUUAGCAUCUAUGGGAUUGUACGACACCCCAAAUCCCUGUGAUGUAAAUAUAGCUCCUUUCGACUCUAAUUUGCUCGAUAUAGACCUUGUAGAUUUAGAAUGUUAUGCUCCCGAAUCAUUGCUAGGACUCUUUCCGAAGAGUGAGAAGCAUGGGACUCUCAAGAGCUCGUUGUCCAUCUCCGAUGAUAGUUAUCAGGAAGAUGAAGCAGAACGGGUAAUGGGCUACUUUGAAAAGUAUGAUUACGGGGAAGUACUUGAGGAGUCGGAGUUGGUGGAGAUCACGGGUACUAGCAAGAUGGAAGUCGAGAAUGCAAAGCUGAAAGCUGAACUUGCUUCGAAACUUGCCCUAAUAUGUUCCAUGAGUAUGGAGCUUGAUUAUGAAUCUCUCGAUGAAAGUGAACAAGAUACUUUACUGAAAAAAGUGGCAGUAAAGACUUCCGAAGCAUUAAGUCUGAAAGAUCAGUGCGAAAAACACCUCCAAUUGAUGCUGAAGGCUAAGCAGAAGCAGUGUGAAUCUUACAAAAAAAGGAUUCUAGAAUUUGAGCAGAGGCUAUCUGAUCAGCAUAUGCGAGGUGAGGAUGAGCCUAAUUUGACGGUUUCAACUACAAAGACUGAUGAUGACAAGUCAGAGGUUUCGGGGGUUGAAUCGGUUCACAUGCACCGAGCGAUGGAGGAGGAGUUGUGCGCGUCUAGCAUUUCGAAAUCCGAGAUUUUAACGGAACACGAGAAGUCACAGGAAGGGUUGGAUGAUAAUAUGACGGAUUCCUCUAGUAUGUUGAAUUCUCAGCUGGAUUCAUCGAUGCUAGAUCUACACCGUGACAAAGGGCAUGUUUGUGAAAAAGAUAAGAUGACAAAGCCACAGUCAGAUGUUGGCACGAGCAUCACUUCGAGUAAUAUGGCCGUCAGCAUGUCUCAGCCGAUUACGCCUGAUUUGGAUGGGAAAGGAAAUUGCGGAGUUUUGAUGGAGCUGCAAAAUGAACUAGCAGAGAAAUCAUGCCAAUUACACGACGCAGAAGGCAAGAUUCAUCAAGCAUUAACUGAUGAAAUUUCCAGACUCGUGGAGGAUUUGGAUGCCAGUCGGAAGCUACUGAAUGAAUCUCAGAUGAACUGUGCUCGUUUGGAGAAUUGCUUACACGAAGCCAGAGAGGAAGCCCAGACGCAUCUUUGUGCAAUUGAUAGUAGGGCCUCAGAGUAUAAUGCGCUGCACGCAACUGUGGUCAACAUGUGUGGUCUCUUUGCAAGACUGAGAAGCUGUGUCUCAUCGGUCGAGGUGGUUGCGUUUGCCGACACUUUACAUGCUCUUUCUCAGUCUUUAUAUAGUUCAUCGAGUGAGGUCGAUGAUGCCAGUGCUUCUGAGUUUUGUGAAUGCAUUCAGACACUUGCCAAUAAGGUUGGUCUUUUGUCGAGACAACGUGCAGAAUUCCUCGAAAGAUCCACGGAAGCUGAAGCUGCAAAUAAGCAGCUUAACAAAGAGCUAGAAGAGAAGAAUGAGUUGGUUAACACUCUUUAUUUGAAGCAUCAUUUGGAAAAGCAGGCAAACAACGAUAAGAUUUGUAUAGGUCGUUUAGAAGUCCAUGAGGUCGCUGCCUUCGUCCUCAACUCCUCCGGGCACUAUGAGGCCAUCAACCGUGGCUGCCCAUACUAUUUUCUUUCAGCUGAAUGUGUCGCGUUAUUUACUGAAAAUGUUUCCCAAAAUCAGAGUUACAUAUUAGGGAAGGUGGUGCAUAUUGAACAGCGGGUGGUGAAGCCACCUCUGCCAGCUGAUGAUAGUAGCGAUACAGUGACCUCCGAGAGUGGAGGCAACAAGUUGACUCUAGAUCUAGAUUCGAUUCCCAAUCCCUACGGUCUUGCUGUUGGGUGUGAAUACUAUGUAGUGACUGCAGCCAUGCUACCUGAUAGUGUGGUAGUUUCCCCUCUUUCCUGAUCUUGUUGCAGGUAGAUGUGAUGGAAGAGACCAAGUGUAAAUAUUUUAUAAACUGGACUUUUUAGUGAGCAUGACUUGGUCCCUCCUCUAAAGAUGAGAAUCCAAUUCCAUCUCUUUGUAAAUAGACUUUGCAACUCUUGUAAAUAUGUUAUAAAUGUUCAUCUUUACUACAUCUCUGUGCUCAUGAAGAGAUGUAAUUCGUAGCUAAA